AUGUCCGCCCGCCAGCAGCAAAUGGGCCGACCAGGCGGCGCUCGCUUUGCUCAGUUCAAGCUCGUCCUCUUGGGCGAAUCCGCCGUCGGAAAGAGUUCGCUCGUCCUCCGUUUCGUCAAGGACCAGUUCGACGACUACCGGGAAUCCACCAUCGGCGCCGCUUUCCUUACCCAAACAAUCGCCCUCGAUGACACAACCACUGUCAAGUUCGAGAUCUGGGAUACCGCAGGUCAAGAGCGCUACAAGUCCCUGGCUCCCAUGUACUACCGCAACGCAAACUGCGCUGUCGUAGUUUACGACAUCACCCAAGCAGCUUCCCUCGACAAGGCAAAGGCAUGGGUCAAGGAGCUGCAACGUCAAGCCAACGAGAACAUCAUCAUUGCUCUCGCCGGAAACAAGCUCGAUCUCGUCACCGAUGAACCCGACAAGCGCGCUGUCUCGACCGCCGAUGCCGAACAAUACGCCCAAGAAGCCGGUCUGCUCUUCUUCGAGACCUCGGCAAAGACGGCCGAGAAUGUCAAGGAACUCUUCACCGCCAUCGCAAAGAAGCUCCCCAUCGAGCAGGCUACCCAGAGAGGCAUGCGCGGUGCCCCUAGACCUGGCGUCGAUCUCCGACCCGAAGCUUCCGGCACACAGGCUGGACAGGGUUGCCAAUGUUAG